CAAGACUAAAGCGGCUGGGGAUUCGUGUUGUUUUGGGUUAGAGAAAUAUAUACUAGUAAUCUGUGUAUAUUAUUUUUAUUAUAUGUUAUCUUAAAGAACGUAGCUUAUGUUGAAAAAACAAAAUAAAUAAACCUUUUAGAAUGGAUGGACCACCUGGUACCAUGGGAUCAAACAACAACAGCGGAUCUAUAGGACCACCAGGCAUGCCUGGUUUUCCGCCUAUGCCACCACCGCCGGGUGCUAUGGGGCAAGGGGCGCCUGGCACCAUGCCUCCUAAUACAGCUGGAGGACCUCCUAUGCCGCCGGGAAUGGGUCCACCGCCUGGUAUGAUGGGUAUGGGACCUCCUGGCAUGGGACCGCCGCCACCUGGGAUGGGGCCACCGGGGAUGGGUAUGGGGCCACCUCCACCGAUGGGUCCGCCCGGCAUGUCGUCAAGAAUGCCUCCGAAUAUGAUGCGAGGCGGAUCUAACAUGAAAGGAAACUACAACCAAAGUAUGGAUAUGGGCCCACCGGGAAUGGGUCCGCCGCCCAAUAUGGGUCCUCCCGGCAUGGCCCCAUGGGAGGGCCAGGGCCAGCCCGGCCCGCCGGGUUGGUCGAGAGGACGAGGUGAUGGUCCACCGGGCUGGGAUGACGGUGGCGAUGAAGAGGAGCAGCAGGAUGUUAAUGAAGAGCAGCCUCCCGGGCAGCAGCCUUUGCCAUCUCUGCUGACAAUGAAAAUAGACACACCUGAGGAAUUCCGCAACAAGCCAAAUGUCCCGGGAGGUGUUGUCCUGCCGAAAGCUUUGGAGGAAGCCCUCGCAUACAAAGAUCAAAGGCAGGCAGCCUUAGGUGAUGACACUGAAAAAGAAGCAGAGGCCGAACAAGAAUUAGAAGCUCCUCCAGCUCCGGUGAUCAGCACAGAGUAUGACGCUGAGGAGGAUGAAGGUGAUUCUGAUGACGAUAAUAUCCCCGAAGCACCAAACCCACCAAUCAUCAGUAAACAAGAUACAUUGGUAAGUAAGGCCAACAAAAACAAACGUAAAAAGAAAAAGAAGAAGGAAGCAAAGCAAAAACGUAAAGAAGCCAAGAUGAAGAUGGAAGUAGAUGGAUCAAAGAAAGAUGAGAGUACCAGUAAUAAGGAAAAUGAAAAGGAAGCUGAAAUUGAAUAUGUUCAAGAGAAUAUACAAUUUCAUGAGUUGGAACCCAUGUAUAGACAGUUUCAUCGUAUUCUAGAGUCAUUCAAGAUAACAGAAGUUAAGGAAGAGUUGAUUAAGGAUGAAGAAAAGGAUGCGCCCAAGCCGGCCAAGGUCCAAGAAAAAGUCACAGACCAGUUUGCCACUGACGAAGAAGCAGUAGAGAAACACGCAGCGGACGAAAAAGAGCGUCUUUCCAAACGCAAGCUCAAGAAGCUGUCCCGUCUGUCAGUGGCGGAGCUAAAGCAGCUGGUGGGGCGCCCAGACGUAGUGGAGAUGUAUGACGUGACGGCGCGAGACCCGCGCCUGCUGGUUCAUCUGAAGGCCCACAGGAACACCGUGCAGGUGCCACGACACUGGUGUUAUAAGAGAAAGUAUCUACAAGGGAAGCGUGGUAUUGAGAAGCCACCGUUCGAUCUACCCGACUUCAUCAAAAAGACGGGUAUUAUGGAGAUGCGGGCGUCGCUACAGGACAAGGAGGAGACUAAAACCCUCAAGGCCAAGAUGAGGGAACGGGCGAGACCCAAGCUCGGCAAGAUUGAUAUUGACUACCAGAAGCUACAUGACGCGUUCUUCAAAUGGCAGACGAAACCGCGCAUGACUAUCCACGGCGACUUAUACUACGAGGGCAAGGAGUUCGAGACGCGACUGCGGGAGAAGAAGCCCGGGGACCUGUCUGAGGAGCUGCGGACCGCGCUCGGCAUGCCCGUCGGCCCCGGCUCGCACAAGGUGCCGCCGCCGUGGCUGAUCGCGCAGCAGCGCUACGGCCCCCCGCCAUCGUACCCCAACCUGAAGAUCCCGGGCCUGAACGCCCCCAUACCGGAGGGGUGCGCGUUCGGCUACCACGCGGGCGGCUGGGGCAAACCCCCCGUGGACGAGACCGGCAAGCCACUCUAUGGGGAUGUGUUCGGACACCAUACCGCGGGACAGGAUGAUGCUGAAGAUCAGGAUAUAGACAGGACGAUGUGGGGAGAACUGGAGUCGGAGUCUGAAGAGGAAUCUGAGGAGGAGGAGUCUGAAGAGGAGGGUUCCGGCGGGGAGGGGGCGGCGGGCGGGGCGGUCACCCCCGCGGAGGGGCUCGCCACGCCCCUGGGGCUCAGCUCCGUGCCCCCCGGCAUGGAGACACCCGACACCAUCGAGCUCAGGAAGAAGAAGCUCGACUCCGACAUCGAGGGUGGCGAUACGCCCGCGCUGUACCAGGUGGUGCCGGAGCGGCGCGUGGGGCUGACGGCCGGCAUGAUGGCCUCCACACACGUCUACGAUAUCGGCGCCGCCAACCCCGGCAAACGCGGUGCUGGCGCGCCUACGGGUGCGGCGAGCGCGGGGGGCGGGGCGAGUUCGGCGGGAGCGGGGGGUGUGGAGGUCGCUCUGGACCCGAGCGAGCUGGAGCUGGAACCCGAGGCGGUGGCGGCGCGCUACGAACGACACCUCCGAGAGACCCGCCCCCGCGCGAGAGAGGACCUGUCCGACAUGUUGGCGGACCACGUCGCCAGGCAGAAGAACAAACGGAAGCGGCAACAGAACACGGAUCCAAAGCAAGCCAAGAAAUACAAGGAGUUCAAGUUUUAAAAUCCUUAGCAAAUUAUGUAUACAUUUUUGUGUAAUAAUAUUAUAGUGAUUUUCAGAAUUACUUUUACUUUCUAAGUGAAAUAAACAACUAUA